CAUGUCCUCCAAUCGAGGCGCGGUUCCAAUCGGAGCAAAGCGCCCUCGUAGUUUGAUUUCACCACCACCAUGCUCAACAAGAGACGGCGCUUAUCCAGCGAGAUCCUUCUCCUGAGAGUUCCGCGUGCUGUACACCGCGGACUCGGUGUUUGAUGCCCAGCUCCCGCACCUCCGAGCUCAGUCAUCGUGAUUUCCUCCAAACCGAUGGACCCCUGCAGCCCCAUGAGCUAGAGACGAGCUUUGAUCAAGAUGGGUGCCUUGAUGGUCAGGAUUCCAAAACCCACCGUGGUUAGAAGAUCAGCCGGUCCACGACAAAGCCAAUGAUCUCAAGGUGAGUCAUGGAGGUCACCAGCCCGAGACCGAUCACAAUGUUGCACCUGCGACAACUUUCGGGAUGUGCUGUCAGGAGCAUCGAUAAGGAUGGGGUGCGUGCCUUGAGGUUCUGGCCCUUCCGUGGGCACAUGUUCUUUAUCUGCCAAUGAUUCUCCGCUGUUGCCGCCAGCGGUUGCCCUUCCUGUUUGAUAUCUCAGCCGGGCCCGAUGCCCCGAUCAUAUGACCGGCAUUCUGCCUUGACCCCUUUGGGUUUCGAAAUCCUGAGCAAUGCUAACGUAUCUGGCUGAGACAAACCGGCCGCCGUGUCCGAUAAGGACAUCAGCGUGGCGUCUUGAGGAGGGAGCAUAUCUGGAUUUAAGCUUCCCCAUUAUCAUGUUGGACCUGGUUUUUCACCCUCAUCGCGACCUAUCUGUUUGAUCUUGGUGCCCUCACAAUACCAUGGCGCAAUCGUUCUUGAAAAACUACUUGGGUCUGGGAUGGUCGUCGCCGGCGGACGACAAAACCCCUGUUAGGGCUUUGCCGGCAUCCUGGUACACCUCACAGGAAAUGUAUGAGCUGGAAAGACGAGCGAUCUUCUCCAGAAAAUGGCUUCUGACCACGCACAAACUGAGACUGCCCAACCCGGGGGACUGGCUACGAUAUGAAGUGGCUGGCUACCAGUUCAUUCUUUGUCGGGACCGGGAUGGAAACAUCAAUGGCUUCCACAAUGUCUGCAGACACCGUGCCUUCCCCAUUGUGACCGAGGAGAAAGGUCACAACACUAUCUUGUCCUGCAAAUACCAUGGCUGGUCGUACGGCCUCAAUGGCAAGCUCGCAAAAGCACCAGAGUAUCAAGACCUGCCAGGGUUCGACAAGUCGAAGAACGGCCUCCUGCCUAUCCAUACCCACAUCGACCAUAAUGGCUUCAUUUGGGUUAACUUGGAUGGCGGGGCGAAGCCAGAGAUCGCCUGGAACGACGACUUCGAAGGUGUCGACGAGCAAGCCAGGUUCGAACACUACAACUUCGAUGAUUACCAGUUCGACCACAGCUGGGAGAUGGAGGGCGACUAUAACUGGAAGAUCCUGGCCGACAAUUACAAUGAGUGCUACCACUGCAAGACCACCCAUCCCGAUAUUCCCACCAUCGCGGAUCUCAGCUCCUACGGGGUCGAGACCAAGGGCGGCCAUAUUCAACACUUUGGCAACCCGACCCCGGAACAGAUUGCGCGUGGUCUCAGGGUGGCUGCCACCUACUUCUUCCCCAAUGCAUCCUUGAACGUUUCGCCGCACUUUUUCUUCAUCCAGAGAUUCGUGCCCAGCGGUCCUGUCAAGUCAACCAUGAAAUAUGAGGUGUACAGGAACAAGAACUCUAGUGAUGAGGACUUUGAACUGGUCAACCAGAUCUACAAGAGGAUCAUGUCAGAGGACAAGUACCUCUGCGUCAACACCCAGAAGAACCUCAACGCGGGAGUCUUUGUCAAUGGCGAGCUGCACCCACGGAUGGAGAAGGGUCCCCUGUUCUUCCAGAAGACAGUGCGCGACCUGGUGCAAGCCCACCACAAGCGAGAGACGGAUGCGCAUGAUGAGAUCUGGCCGGCUCGACAGACACUGCCGAAAGCCGAUGUGACCAGCCAGAAAGACGUUGCCUUUUGCUCUGCUGUGGAUUGCUGCAGGAUCAACAAGGAGCCCAUUGCUGUGUAGCGGUCAUUUAUGGUAGAUGUUGAUGCUUCCCCGGAGUCAUCAAGGCAUUCUUCUAGUCUAGCGUCGUUCCUGUAAUAGAAUCCGCCGUCGUGGUGUUGAAGUGUCCUGGCUACAAUGUCCC